AAUUCAUUUCCUGUAGAUCUUUGUAAACAGAACAAUAUGGCAUCAGAGGACUCGAAUAAUCAAGGUAGCGGCGCCUCGACAAGCGAGUCGAAAGCCGGGCUAGCUGACGGGCUGGCUCCAUCUCAUAAAUACGUGCCAAACCAAGGAUAUAUGGAGAAUGAUGCGACCAAAGCUGGGAGACGAUUAGCCUCGGGCAAGCUGAUUCAAGAGGAUGACGAUGACGAGGAAGACGAGGAAGACUACGAGGAAGAUGAUUUCGAAGACGACAUGGAUGAUGCUCAAUUGGUCGACCCUGAAUUCCUGGCUUCUUCGAACCCGGCAGAUCUGACCAAGUCGUACAACCGGCAGAGACGAUUGGACCAAGUAGCGGCAGAUCCUGGUGUACCAUCCUGGCAGUAUCCCAAAGGCAAUCCUCAGAAAGUGUCAAAUGCCGACGUGGAUUUGGGAAAUUCCAUGAAGAAGCUCAAAAUCGAGGGCCUUGAAUCUUUGCCGGCCGGCCACCACAAAGGAAAAGACAAAAGCGACCGGGCCACCUCCGAGCAGGUCCUUGACCCGAAGACGCGAAGGAUAUUGUUUCAGAUGAUCAAUUCCGGUAUCGUUUCCGAAAUCAACGGCACCAUUUCGACGGGCAAGGAAGCAAAUGUCUACCAUGCCGUGUCAGCAUCUGAAGAACCUGACACGCCGGACACUCAGAUUGCCAUCAAAGUUUACAAGACCAGCAUUCUCGUCUUCAAGGACCGGGAGAAGUACGUUACGGGAGAAUUCAGAUUCCGGAAAGGCUUCAACAAGGGCGACAAUCGAGCCAUGGUGAAGUUAUGGGCAGAAAAGGAGAUGAGAAACCUCAAACGAAUCCACGCUGCCGGAAUUCCUUGUCCAGAACCCCUAUACCUCCGACGCCAUGUACUGGGAAUGAAUUUUAUUGGUGACUCGAAAGGCAAAGCCGCCCCGCGACUGAAAGACGUUGCAUUCGAAGACGAAAAUCCGACUGCAAGGUGGCGAUCCGUGUAUAUCGACAUCCUCGCAUAUAUGCGUAUCAUGCUACAACAAUGCAAGCUCGUCCACGCAGACUUGAGCGAGUACAACAUGCUCUACCAUAGCAACAAGCCAUACAUCAUUGAUGUUAGUCAAAGUGUCGAAGGUGACCAUCCUCGGAGUCUGGAUUUUCUCCGCAUGGACAUCAAAAAUGUCAGCGACUUCUUCAGACGUCAAGGCGUUGCGGUUCUCUCUGAUAAGAAGGCUUUCAUGUUGAUCACGCGACAGACCAAAGGCGACGGGUCUGACCUUGAGAUGGACGUUCUGCGCCAGGAAAUCGAUAAAGUUAUGGCCGAGCGGACAGACGAUGAACAGGACGAUGAGGUCGACAACGAAGUCUUCCGCAAACAGUAUAUCCCACAGACUCUUGAUGAUGUUUACGACGCAGAGAAAGAUGCAGAGCAAAUGAAGACAGCCGGUCGCGAUACCCUUGUUUAUAAAGACCUGCUUGCACCAUCGAGAGACGAGAAGCGGCAGGCACUGUCACUUGAGGAAGACGACGCUCCAACAGAAUUGGACCAGGAUGUAAAUCGUGGAGCUCCCCUCGAGCGAGGCGGAACACAUUCUUCCUCGGAGUCUGGUGACGAUGGCUCGGAUGCGGGAUCAGACAGCGAGUCAGACGGACCGCCCCGAGGAAAGAGGUUUCAGGAUAAAGAUGAGAAGCGCGAGCAUAAGCGCAAGGUGAAAGAAGAGAAGCGUGAAAAGCGUGCGACGAAGAUGCCGAAGAAUGUGAAGAAGAAGUUGGUCAAGGACUCGGCCAAGCGGAGGUAGAGUUGCAGCUGUUGUUCUGUAUUGGUAUCAGGUCAUGCAUGGUCAGCGGCAUUGCAGGCAGUAUUCGACAUGAUUUACAUGUGCAUCGUGCGGCACAUGCAGAGUAGGACCGAUCCUGCAGUGGGCUAGUACAGGUCACUUAGUUUCAUGAUGCUUGAUA